AUGUUGAACAUCGCCAAAAGAAGCAACCAAAACAACUCCAUUUCGACUGGUAUAUGGGCACGAUGCAGUGUUACCAGUAGAGAUCCAGGUUCAUGCAGUCAGAACCCAAGAAGCAACCAAAACAACUCCAGUGUUACUGGUAUAUGGAGCAUGAUGGUGGACGAACUGGUCGAUUUAGAUGAGGAGAGAAUGUUAGCCUUGGAUUCACUACAAAGGCAGAAAGAAAAAGUCGCCAGAGCCUACAAUAAGAAGGUGAAAGGCAAGAUGUUCGCUGUCGACGAGUUAGUUUGGAGAGUGAUUUUGCCUAUGGAUAGAAAUGAUAGAGUUUUGGGUAAAUGGUCCCCAAAUUGGGAAGGACCGUUUAAGAUUUUGCACGUUUUCUCUAAUAACGCCUAUGAGGUCGAAGAGUUGGCACCAGAUAGACGAAUCUUGAGAGUAAAUGGAAAAUACUUAAAAAAAUAUAGGCCUCUCCUUUAA